CAGACAUGGCGGAAUACUCUUGCGUGAAAUCGACCAAGUUGGUUCUCAAGGGGACGAAGUCGAAGAAUAAGAAGAAAAAUAAAGACAAUAAAAGGAAAAGAGAAGAAAAUGCAGAAGAUAAGCUUGACAUUGUUGAAGGCUGGUGGACAGUAACAAAUUUUGGUGAAAUCACAGGAACGGUAGCGAUAGAGAUGGGACAAGGAACCUACAUCAGCGCUCUUGACAAUGGCCUUUUUACACUUGGAGCACCUCAUAAAGAUGAAGGUCCUAACCCUCCUGAACAAUUUACUGCUGUCAAGCUAUCGGACACAAGAAUUGCACUGAAAUCAGGCUAUGGCAAAUACCUUGGUAUCAAUUCAGACGGGCUGGUUAUUGGACGUUCGGACGCAAUAGGUUCAAGGGAGCAGUGGGAACCAGUCUUCGAAGAGGCAAGUGGCUUAAAAUAGCAGUUGACCCUAGCAGAUAAUGCAUCGGGGAAAAUUGCUCUGUUAGCAGCUAACAGCUGCUUUAUCAGAUGUAAUGAGGAAGGUGAUAUAGAAGCCAAAAGUAAAACUGCAGGGGAUGAGGAAAUGAUUAAGGUCAGAACAUGCGCUGAAAGAGAAGCCAAGCAAAAAGAUGACAUUCCUGAAGAAGACAAAGGAAACGUUAAGCAGUGUGAAAUCAACUACGUGAAGAAAUUCCAGAGUUUUCAAGAUCGCAAACUCAAAGUAAGCCAGGAAGACAGUAAAGCCCUCAAAAAAGCCAGGAAAGAAGGCACUUUUCACGAGGCCCUGUUGGACAGGAGAUCAAAAUUGAAAGCUGAUCGAUAUUGCAAAUAACCCAAAAAGUGUGGCUUCUCUUCGCUUACU